AUGUCGACUCCGCAAGACCAUCGUUAUUAUUAUGCACCAGCUCUCCGCAGCCGUGGAUCAGCUCAAGAGGAUCGUCCGCCACAACCACCACCGCAUAACAGAGUACCUCCUCAAGGUCGACAUCCACAACCUUUUGUUCCUCCAGCAAUGGCUACACCUUAUCCUCAUCGUUCUUCUCAACAACAACAACAGCAGCAACAACGUAUCCAGCGAAAACCACUUCCUCCAAUCCAUGGUGGUCGUCCACCUCAACAACAACAACAACAACCAAUAUCACCUUCAGCAAGACAUCGUCAAACUCGUGAUCAGCCCACUGCAUCAGCAGCAGCAGCAGGAGGAGGAGGAGUACAAUGGCAACAUCAACAAAGAAGACCACCACAACAAUCAACUCCACAAAGAGGAUUAAGCUAUCAACAGCAGCAGCAUCAUCCACGAGCAAGAAAUAGUAAUAAUAAUCAUGGUCCACAAAGAAUUCCACAACAUCAUGAUAACAUGCGUCGUCAAACGAGUCUCACUCGAAAUCGUUCACUAUCACGACCUGAUCGAUAUCGUCCAAGACCAAGCAUGAUCCGCAAUACAACACCGCCUUCUCAACAAGGGCCACUUGUGCCACCACACGCUUCGAAUACACCCAUGUCUAACAACGAGUACAAUGGUGUGCCACUCCACCGACCUGGCGUACCUGAUCAUAGACCUAUGCCAAAUCGCCUACAACAACAGCAAAUCCAACAACAAAAGUUACGCCAACAGCAAGAAGCAGGCCUUGGUCAUGCUAUCCUCAGAAACCCUACGACUACACAUGUACGCAAAACAAAGCAGCAACAGCAUCAACAACAAGAAGAGGAGGAUGAUCAACCCAAUGUCUUGACGUCAUGGUGGGCUUGGACAGCCUAUAUAGCGACUUGCUGCUUUCCAGCUUGGUGUCUUCGUACUUGUUGUCGAAAACGUUCCAUCUUGGUACAGCAAGCUUGGCGUGAAAAGAUAGCGUUGGUGCUUGGCAUCAUCCUGUUAUGUUGUGCUCUCGUUUACAUCACCUAUGGUCUUAACAUGACAUUGUGUCCAGAGAACCGGAGCAACAUUGCCUAUUCAGCUGUGGGAUCCGAUGGUGUACGUCGUCCGGUGUAUAGCAAAGAUGUGCGUGUAUUUGGCCGCGUGUACGACAUGGAUCGCAUGAAGGAAUUUUUUGCCACUCAAGGUCUCAACUUGACGAAUGAUUUUGAAAACAUGGAUAUUGGAGCUAUCUUUGACGGUGACACCAAAGGGGCUUGCUCACGCUUUGGAGAAAAUGCUGCUUUGGGAAGUUGUACGCUUCAUAGCCCAUAUGGAGGUUCCAUGACAACAAGCGGUGGUGGAUGUAUCCCUCUCAGGGAAUUGGAUACCUACAUGAAGCCAACAGGGUCAUUAGGUUUCGACUGGGUCGACUUGACAUCAUCAUAUACCUUUAGCACAUUGACGGUCUUGGGUAAUACAGUGCUCAACUUGACAACAUACAUGCAUAAUGACACAGCCAUCUUUGGGGAUUAUGUGGACACUACGUUAAAAGCAGGGCAAGGCAAGGAUGUGUCAUACCAGCUACUUUAUGAACCUGCAGGGUCACAAGCACGUGAUUGUCUCGUGGCGCGAUUUAGCAGCGGCAUGAUGGAGAGUGAUACAGGUGGCUGCAUUGCGGCACAAAUCAUUAUGAAUUUGAUGCUGAUCGUGAUUGUUGCCAUGAUUGUGGUGCGCUAUUCGAUGGCAUUGACGUUUCAAUGGUUUAUUGCGGGUCGACUUGUUAAGCCGGGUGGUCGUUCCAAUUGGCUUGCAUGGCGUUCUAUCAAGGGUGGCAAUGAUGAUCCAGCCAACCACAUCCCAGGUCCUUAUGCUUAUUACAACCCCAACAACUAUGCAGGCACUAGCAACUCAUCAUCCUCAUCCAGCCUAUCAUCACGUCGAAGCGAUAACAUGGAUGGAGCUGCAACAACAACAGCCACACCAUCAUCCGGCAUGAUCAAAGCUGAGCUAUACACCAUAAUGCUGGUCACGUGUUAUUCAGAAGGAUAUGAUGGCUUACAAACGACCAUGGAUAGCCUUGCAAGAACAACUUACUCCAACAAACAUAAGUGCUUUAUGGUUGUAUGUGAUGGAAUGAUCACUGGUGCAGGCGAGACACGUACAACACCCGAUAUUGUAGUUGGCAUGAUGGAUCUAGAUCCUACUAUGAGAGAGCCAAAACAAUCUUCUUACGUUGCUAUUGCUGAUGGUGAAAGACAACUCAACAUGGCCAAAGUGUAUGCUGGACAUUACAAAGGAGUUCCUUGUAUUGUGGUGGUCAAAUGUGGCACCGAGGAAGAAGUGAGCAAACCCAAGGCUGGCAAUCGUGGAAAGCGUGAUUCUCAGCUUAUCGUGAUGCAAUUCUUUCAACGCGUUUUAUUCAAUGAUCGAUUAUCCGAGCUUGACUAUGAGAUCUUUUGGAAGAUGACAUGGCUUAUGAAGGGUGUUACUCCUGACAAGUUUGAGCUCGUAUUGAUGGUGGAUGCUGACACCAAAGUGUUACCGGAUGCCAUCACCUACAUGGUUGCUGCUAUGGCCAACGAUAUUACCAUCAUGGGAUUGUGUGGUGAGACACGAAUUGCGAACAAGCUACAAUCAUGGGUUACGGCCAUUCAAGUGUUUGAAUACUAUAUUUCACACAAUUAUGCCAAGGCAUUCGAAUCUUUGUUUGGCAUUGUGACCUGUCUUCCAGGAUGUUUUAGCAUGUAUCGCAUCAAAGCACCUAAAAAUGGCGCAUGGGUGCCCAUCCUUGCCAAUCCAGACAUUAUUCUCGAGUACAAUCAAAACAUUGUCACCACACUUCAUGCCAAAAACUUGCUCUUGUUGGGUGAAGACCGGUUCCUUUCAACCUUGAUGCUACGUACAUUCCCACGCCGUCAAAUGAUGUAUGUUCCUCAAGCCCGAUGUAAAACGGUUGUACCAGAUCAAUUCCGUGUCCUGCUAUCUCAACGUCGUCGAUGGAUCAAUUCCACAGUGCAUAAUCUUAUGGAGCUUGUACUUGUAUCCGAUUUGUGCGGCAUCGCUUGUUUGUCAAUGCAAUUUUCCGUUUUUGUGGAUCUUGUCGGCACACUUGUUCUUCCAGCUGCCAUUUGCUUGACGGUGUAUCUCAUUGUAAAUACGGCUAUAUCCAGUGAUCCCCAAUGGCAAUCAUUAGCACUCUUAGUGGCUAUUCUCGGUUUACCUGCCGUCCUUAUUGCAAUCACCACCUUUAAGGUUGUUUACAUCGGUUGGAUGUGUGUGUAUCUUAUUGCCUUGCCCAUAUGGAACUUUGUGCUUCCCAUUUAUUCCUAUUGGCAUUUUGACGACUUUUCGUGGGGUGCUACGCGUGUUGUAGUUGGAGAAAAGAAGGAUAAGGGACAUUUGGAUGCUGAAGGAAAGUUUGAUUCGUCUCGACUUGUUAUGAAGAAAUGGGAAGAUUGGGAAGCUGAACGUACCGGUCAAUCCAUUCUACCAAGAAAUCGCCCCAUCUUAUUGACACCUCAAGUCCCACCUCCUCCAGCUGCACCCACUCGAUUAGCUAAUCCCAUCUUUGCCAACAGACAACUCUAUUCUCCUCCUCUCGUAAAAUCUUAG